UCAGCGACCACCAGAAAUUUUCAUUGCCCCACGUGUGCAAUGCCAUCUGACGAUCGGGAUGUAACUACAGCUCGGGGCUCAAACACACCGUUGAAGGAAUGGCAAUCAUAGACGAUUUGAAGCCUGCCUCUAUUGAAUGUUAGAAUCACUAUAAUAUACCUUGGCCUCUAUGGACCACUCUCCGGAACCACUCAUAUAAAGUGACGAUUGUCCACCGUAAGAAGCUUCAAAGCCUUUUCUGCUACGGUUUGAAGGCUCUAUGAUGCGCGUGAAAGGAAAAAUACAAUUAUCAAGGUAUAUAGAAUAUGACAAAGCGAUGCAUUCUGGCUCAGAAAACACAGCCAGAGUUACAAAAAUGUCAUGCACUAGCUUUCGAGAUCUGACCAACAUCAAAUCCAUGGCCGUAUGCGGAGGUUACCUCAAAAUAGUCAUCACAUAUGAUGAUUUCAUGGCUGCAUACGAGCUCAAGUGGUUCUUCUUUUCCCGGGUCUUUAUUGGUGGGGUCUCUCAGGAUUGUGUCGCCAAGAACCUCCGGCCUGAAGCUUUGCGUCUCAGAUCUAUCAUUUCUGUGCAAAAGCUGGGCAAAGGAGCAAGAGUCCGUGACCCCACCUCCUUAGCUUCAGAGCUGGCACGCAGAAAUGCAUUAGAAGCAACAAUUGGCAAUUACGGAUCCGCUUUUGUCAUCACAGUAUGCUUGAAGGAAACAACCUUAAUGGCUUGCGGUUUGCGCUGA